AUGUAUGCCAUUGCGCACUCGAGCAACGAAGACAUCUUCAAUUUCGAGGGCUGUCAGGCGAUCAUCAGCCUGGGCUGGAACCAGGCUUGGCGGGGCGCCCUCCUGGACAGCUUCAUCAGCGUGAGCCUUGCGGUGCUGUUUGCCGUCAUCACGCUCUUCCUGCAAGACACACCGGAGAAAAUUCCCAGUAACCGGUACAUCGUGUUGGCUGCGAGCGCUGUUCUUGUGUCCUUGAACUUCCUGAAGGAGCUCUUUUCGCUGCAGGGUAUGUUCUUGCUGGGGAAGCUGCGGCAGCACUUGACGACAGCGGCCAAUUACUUGGUCUGGGUUCGCAUCGGGCUUUGCUACGUUGUCAUCUCGGAUCUGGCCUACGAGCAUCAGCAGUGGACGACGCCAUCCUCCGAGUUCAGUAUUCUCCUGGCUGUCACUGUGCUUCUGCGCUGGGCGCACGUCCUCACGACCUUUCGAGGUUAUCAGUGGGUUGGCGAGAAGGUUCUACCCAUUGAGCGAGCCUUGAUCUCGUCGCGAAUGUUCGCCGCGAUCCUGUUGGUGGCCGGCUGUGCUUUCACCAAUGCUUAUAUCGCCCUGGGGCUGACUGGUGCGGAGAGAGUUUUCGAUUCCUUCUAUGUGAUCUAUCGCCUGGGCUUCCUGAGUGAUCUCGAGAACCCAGUGUGGAACACCCAGGACACCAAGAAGGAUCUUGCCGCGGUGCUGAGCAUGAUCUCUGGGCUUCUGAUGACGGUGGUGAUGAUGAAUAUCUUCAUCGGCAUUCUGUCAGAGAGCUAUGCUCAGGCCUACCACAACCGCUACCGCAGCUUCCAGCGCGAGCGGGCGCGGAUUGCGUUUGCCCACAGUGUCAGGAGGAGGGCCGCAGAGGCCUGGCUCGCGGCAAUCUGCUGCUGCCGCAAGAGGCAAAUUGUGGUCGCCAAGAGCAAGUAUCUCUGGUACAGCGUCAAACAGAUGCAGGCAGUCCCCCAAAUGGGGACGAAGCCUCUUCGGCCAGAGAAGAAAAGGACUCACUCUGGAGGAAGGCGGCACCGCUGA